GUACCGCGGCACCGCUCCGCAUCCGGGACCCCGCACCGGGACCCCGCUCCGGGAUCCUGCUCCCCGCCGGGACCUGACACCAGAAGCGCCGUCCGCCCACCCGCCGGCGGGGUCCCGGCGGUUCCCGGGGAGAAGUGGAGGCAGGUGCAAGAGAGAGGAGAGGGGUCCCUUUGUCCCUCCUGCCCUACUGGAGGAGGGGAAGCUGAAGGAAAGCUCCAAUUGAUCCUUCCCAGCAGCACGGUGAAGCCCAGGAUACAGGUCUGAGCAGCCAAAAUGUGAUGGGACGACACUGACCUGCCCCAUCCUGCCACCAGCACCACCACCAUCCCCUCUGUACCUGCCAAUGCCAGUGGGUACAGGCUGCUCUCCUGAUUGCUGCACUGGCAUCCCCAGUGUGGGGCCGAGUUCUGGACCUCAGUUCUCCCCGUGGGACAGAGGCAAUGGGGGCUGCUCUCUCCACUGCAGCAAUAGUGGCGAUUUCUUUUAACUGUGUCGUCGUGUUGCUCAUCCUCAUCCUCUUCCUCAUCCUCUGCAAGGCCUGCAGGACCCCCUCGUGCCCUCAAAAGAGCCAAGCUUCUGAUGCAGAUGAGACAAAGAAUGAAGAGAAGUACCUCCUGCAUCCCUGAGCUGCCUGGGAACUUGGGUACCCAGCUGAGCUGAAGGAGUCGUGCCAGCCUGGAUGGCUGUGCUGGGACUGGGACACAGAACCAGGCAGGAUUAGAGCAGAGAGGAUGCCGAGCUGCUCACUGGGGCUGUGACACAGGGCACAGCCCUUUGCCUGCCUGGUUUGGUGUGUGAAGUCCCUGUGGAUGCCCACAGUGACCAUGGGGAUGGAGAGCCAGCAGCUAGGGAUGUGCUAUGGGGAUAAUUGUGCCUGUCUCAGCAGCCAGGGAGUGCAGCAGGAGCCUAGCCCUUGUCUGCACCCCAUGUUUGGGGACAGACUGUGGGCUGCUCCCUGCUGCUCAUGGCCUGGGACAGUGGCCACUGCACCACAGACCCAAGCAUGGCCAGCCAGGGGCUUGGAGAGGGGAAGCAGCACAGCUAGCAUGGGCACCAGUCCCUGAGAGGGCUGGCUGGCCAUGGUGGGAUGUGCCCAGGGGGACCCCAGCAGGCCUGGACCCAUCAGCAGAGCAGGGUGUUCCUGAUCUGGGUGUCUUUGUGGGUGGCUCCACAGCCACAGGAGGGCAUUUGGUACCUGUCUGCCCCAGCAGCCAAUUUAAUGAGCUAUGAGAGGGUCUGCAUGGUCUGUCCAUUUGUCCACAGUCUUGUCUGUCAAGUCCCCCCUAGCAUUAGCACCAACACUGCCAGGCAAACAGCCCUUGUGUUCCUGCCUGUCCUCCUGCCUGCUCCCAGCCAAGGCCAGCCCUGGGGGUUUGACCUGCCUGCAGUCAGCAGAUGUACCCUCGUUGGUGUCCCCAUCCCCGCUGAGACCAGCCUGGGGUGGCUUUUCUCUGGGGAAGGGGGGACACAUGGGGAUAGAUUGAGGGUGCCAGGGACAAACACCACUAUCGCUCCCUUGGGACCACUGUGGCUCCGUGGGGAGAGAUGCUGCUGGCCUGGCUCACCCCCAAACCUAGUAGCUGCCUUCGCCUGCCCUGCCUGUAGGUGCUGUGCUUUUUGGAAGGCUCUGCCCUGCCCAUCCUAGAGCUGAGCAGUAGCCAAGGUCCCCGCUGGCACAGAUGCUGCAAUAAGGGGACAGAGAUGUGGGCUGUGCUGGGAGGGAUGCUGGCCAGGCUUCCUCUGAAGGAUUGGCCAGACCUGGCACAGCCUGUGUUUCAUCCUUAUGUCAGGUGUAGCUAACUCAUGCCUUUGCAGCAGUGUUUUUACUAGACUAAUAAACUGAUUGUAGGACCUA